AUUAUCGUCUGUGCUGUUCAGGUCGACCCAUGUGUAGAUUUCUUCGAAUUCGUUUGUGGAAACUGGAAAGCCAAACACCCAAUUCUAGGUGAUAGAACCAGCUACUCUCAGUUUGACAUCCUGUCCGAUAAAGUUCUUGCGGAAAUGAGAGUAAUAACUGUUUUAAGAAAUGAGUUUGCUUCCAUACAGUAUAAUGUUGUUCACAAUGGACAUAGUCGCGGUGCACAUCCUAACCUAAUCCGCGGACCAGAAUUUCAACAGCGGAAUCCAAUCUUCGAAUCAAAAGAGUUGAGCUCGUCGAAAUCGGCUGCUGCUGUGAAGGCGAUCUACCGAAAAUGCAUGGAAAAACACGAGCUUAACCGAAUUGGUGCAAGAAAACUGAUAGAGACAAUAAGGAGCUACGGCGAGUGGCCAAUGCUGGGAAGAAACAGGUGGCGUGUCGAUCAGUUUGAUUUGACGACGCUCCUUAGCAGCAUCGCAGCGGUCAGAGGAGCCCACAUUUUCAUAACCAACAACGUCAGGCCUGACUACAAAAAUGUUUCCCGGAGUCUGAUACACGUAAGAGAGUUAAUCUUGUUUGAGCUCUUCAAAGGUAAAUCCUAUGCGUCGCAAUCAUUUGACCAAGGAAAACUCAGCUUAGGCGACUCGACUCGCGAUUACUAUUUGGACAGAGAAAAGCAUGGGAAAAUAAUCGCUGCUUACAGACAAUUCCUUAUCAACAAGGUAACACUAUUCAACGAAGAUGUCGGUCUCCCUAUAAGUGAGCGCAAAAUUGCUAGCGAUGUGGAUGAGAUUAUCGACCUCGAAACCGAGCUGGCGAAGAUCCUAGUAGCCGAGGAGGAUCGAAGGAACUACACAAGAAAAUACAAUCUAUUACGUCUCAACGAGAUGCAAGCACUCAUGCCUUUGGUUGACUGGACCAGAUAUUUUCACUCCAUUGCGCCGCCCACAAUCAAAAACUAUUUGGCUGAUGAUCCACAAGUACUUGUGAGAGAAAUAGAUUAUAUGAAAAGAGUCGCUGAUCUCAUCAACUCGACGGAUCCAAGGAUUAUCACAAACUACGCUUACAUUCGCUACUCGUCCAGUUGGCUCUCGGAGCUCGGUGAGCGAUAUGAAAGCGUCGCCCAGGAGUUCUAUCACGUCGUUUACGGACGAAAAAAGAAGGUUCCUCGGUGGAAAGACUGCACCAGCAGGACAAUGCGCCAAAUGCAGUACGCUGCUGGGGCGCUCUAUGUCAGAAAGGCAUUCGAUGAGACAUUGAAAAAUCUGACGCUGGAGAUAGUCGACGAUCUACAAGAUGCAUUUUACAACAUGGUGGCAGGGAACGGCUGGAUGGAUGAGACUACGAAAGCGAGGGCGCUCGAUAAAGUAAGACAUUUACUUCGACAGACUGGCUAUCCAGAUUUUAUUCUCGACGACGAGAAGCUGGACGAUUAUUACAGUGAGUUACGCAUAGAAGAAUCGGAUUCGUACAGUCAGAUGGUGGAGAAGUUGACUCGAUGGAAAAUCGAGUUCGAUUUUAAACGUCUCAUAAAGCCAGUAGAUAGGAAUGAAUUUGAUUUCAACCCGGCGGAAGUAAAUGCCUUCUACUGGUUUACAGCACUGAGCUAUGCAGGAAUUGGGACACUAAUUGGACACGAGAUUACUCAUGGCUUUGAUGAUGAAGGUAGGCAAUUCGAUGCCGUUGGGAACUUGCGAGAUUGGUGGGACGGCAAGGCGAAGGCUUCGUUUGAAAGGCGUGCACAGUGUAUUGUUGACCAGUAUAGCAAGAUAAAGGUACCUGAAGUGAGCGUCCAUUUGAAUGGCAAGCUGACACAAGGAGAGAAUAUCGCCGAUAAUGGUGCCGUUAAGCAAGCAUUCAAGGCGUACAAAAAUUAUCGGAAAAAAUGGGGAGAAGAAAAACGCAUUAAAGGAUUGGAAAACUACAAUAAUGAACAGAUGUUCUUCAUGGGAUACGCCAGGAUCUGGUGUGGCCACUCAACGAGAGACAAGUUGGUCAAUCGAAUUCUCAGUGACCCCCACGCUCCUGAAAAGUAUCGUGUAAAUCAAGUGCUGGCUAAUCAACCAGAAUUCGCUGCGGCUUUCAACUGCCCCGUCGGGGCACCAAUGAAUCCGACGGAGCGAUGUACUGUUUGGUAA